AUGACAGAAUUUCUCAAAUCAUAUGUCCCAGCUCUUCGAUCCAUCAUCCCACAAACGUCACCUACACCCUCCACUUUACCCGAGAUCGAUUCCAAAGCACCUGCUUUACCAAAUACCGAUAUCCGACUGGACGAUGGUCAACCUACGUUGAUAGCUUUCGUGAGACAUUGUGGAUGUCCGUUCGCGGAGAAGGAAAUCAACCUCUUAUCGAAGGAAGUGAAGAAGAACGAUCAGUUGAGGGUGAUUAUCGUUCAGCAUGCCGAAAUGAACCAGGUGAAAAGUUGGUUCGACGAAAUAGGUGGUCCAAACUUAUUUCCCGAUACCAACCGAUAUAUCCUCCUGCCUGAUCCCAAAAGGGAGAUAUACGCUCGAUGGGGUAUAGGUCAACUAGGCUGGAUGGGAAUGAUCAAUUCCACAGUCUUAGAUAACCUCAAGCAACUCAAGCAAAGUGAUGGUAUCGAUCUGAGACCAACAGGAAAGGGGUCUUAUAGAUGGCAGAAUUCAGGCGGGUUCGCUGUAGAUGGGAAAGGAGUGGUCAAGUGGAGGAAGGUAGCAGAGGAUAGUAGUGAUAUGUGUGAUUAUUCGGAAGCCUCCAGGACAAUAAUAUCGCAAAUGGUUUCAUAG